AAUGUAGUUCCCGAGUACCUACGCCCCCUCUUGACCUAAACCGCCAGCCAAACUGCAAACGACUACAUCUCCCAACCAAUCACGCAUAAAUCCAGGAAGUCAGGUUCCUCGAGCUGGUUGCUCCAUCGUUGCCAAGUCGCGAACAUAAAACAGAAUGGGAAAGGGUUUCUUUAGAUGUGUUGAAUGCAUUAAGGACGCGCACGAGCUUCGCAGAGAUUACAGUAAUGGGAUCUUGAAGAUAAACAUAUGUGUGAGUUAACUAACUGGCCCAUGUUCAUUUCCUGGUUUAGAUAUUAGCUAACUGAUGAUGCUAGGCUAGCUAGAAAUGAAGGGACCUGUCACUGCCAGCGGUUUCUCUGUUUCUAUUCAAGUUAUGAUGCCUGAUGAUGGAUAAUUAGCUGAUAUUUGUGGUUAGUGGUUGGGUCUCUACCCUUACAACAGAUAAAACAGUAAGCUAGCUAUCUAGUUUAGCCAUAAAAGCUAGAUAAAUGCGUAUGGUGUGCCUGUUUUAUCCCUUUCAUACAUAGACCAAAAUCCCACUAAUUUAUCAUGUCUGCAUUUUUAUAACAGCUUUUUCGUAUAUCUGAAAGGGGUAGGGGGUAAAAAACGUGGGAAAAUAAAAGCCACCUAAAGACCGAGUCAUGAUUCCUGCAUUUUCACAGACCCUGUAACCAAAAUACAGGUAUCGGGUCUGUGUGAAUGGUUCUCUGCUUUUUUGCAGGUAAAGACAUUAACACUUCCAUUGUUUAACACCUCCCUAAUUUAAACUGCAAACAGCCCCCAUGGUUUAACAACACCCCCCACCCCUCCUAAUUUCAAAUCAAAUCAGAUUUUCUUUGUCACAUACGUGUUUAGCAGAUGUUAUCGCGGGUGGAGCGAAAUGCUUGUGCUUCUAGCCCCGACAGUGCAGUAAUAUCUAACAAGUAAUAUCUAACAAUUUCACAACAUAUACCCAAUACACACAAAACUAGUAAGGAAUGGGAUUUAAGAAUAUAUACAUAUAUGGACAAGCAAUGACAGAGCGGCAUGGACUAAGAUACAGUAGAAUAUUAUAGAAUAUAAUGCAGUAUACAGUGAGGGAAAAAAGUAUUUGAUCCCCUGCUGAUUUUGUACGUUUGCCCACUGACAAAGACAUGAUCAGUCGUUAAUUUUAAUGGUAGGUGGUCUAAGGCACUGCAUCGCAGUGCUAACUGUGCCACUAGAUCCUGGUUCGAAUCCAGGCUGUGUCGCAGCCGGCCGUGACCGGGAGACUCAUGGGCGGCGCACAAUUGGCCCAGCGUCGUCCAGGGUAGGGGAGGGAAUGGCCGGCAGGGAUGUAGCUCAGUUGAUAGAGCAUGGCGUUUGCAACGCCAGGGUUGUGGGUUCGAUUCCCACGGGGGACCAGUAUAAAAAAAAUAUGUAUUCACUAACUGUAAGUCGCUCUGGAUAAGAGCGUCUGCUAAAUGACUAAAAUGUAAUGUAAAUGUUGAACAGUGAGAGACAGAAUAACAACAAAAUCAAGAAAAACGCAUGUCAAAAAUGUUAUAAAUUGAUUUGCAUUUUAAUGAGGGAAAUAAGUAUUUGACCCCUCUGCAAAACAUUACUUAGUACUUGGUGGCAAAACCCUUGUUGGCAAUCACAGAGGUCAGACGUUUCCUGUAGUUGGCCACCAGGUUUGCACACAUCUCAGGAGGGAUUUUGUCCCACUCCUCUUUGCAGAUCUUCUCCAAGUCAUUAAGGUUUCGAGGCUGACGUUUGGCAACUCGAACCUUCAGCUCCCUCCACAGAUCUUCUAUGGGAUUAAGGUCUGGAGACUGGCUAGGCCACUCCAGGACCUUAAUGUGCUUCUUCUUGAGCCACUCCUUUGUUGCCUUGGCCGUGUGUUUUUUUGUCAUUGUCAUGCUGGAAUACCCAUCCACGACCCAUUUUCAAUGCCCUGGCUGAGGGAAGGAGGUUCUCACCCAAGAUUUGUACUCCUGAGUGGCGCAGUGGUCUAAGGCACUGCAUCGCAGUGCUAACUGUGCCACUAGAGAUCCUGGUUCGAAUCCAGGCUCUGUCGCAGCCGGCCGUGACCGGGAGACUCAUGGGCGGCGCACAAUUGGCCCAGCGUCGUCCAGGGUAGGGGAGCGAAUGGCCGGCAGGGUAGGGGAGGGAAUGUAGCUCAGUUGAUAGAGCAUGGCGUUUGCAACGCCAGGGUUGUGGGUUUGAUUCCCACGGGGGGCCAGUAUAAAAAAAAAUAUGUAUUCACUAACUGUAAGUCGCUCUGGAUAAGAGCGUCUGCUAAAUGACUAAAAUGUAAAUGUAAAUUUGACGGUACAUGGCCCCGUCCAUCGUCCCUUUGAUGCGGUGAAGUUGUCCUGUCCCCUUAGCAGAAAAACACCCCCAAAGCAUAAUGUUUCCACCUCCAUGUUUGACGGUGGGGAUGGUGUUCCUGGGGUCAUAGGCAGCAUUCCUCCUCCUCCAAACACGGCGAGUUGAGUUGAUGCCAAAGAGCUCCAUUUUGGUCUCAUCUGACCACAACACUUUCACCCAGUUCUCCUCUGAAUCAUUCAGAUGUUCAUUGGCAAACUUCAGACGGGCAUGUAUAUGUGCUUUCUUGAGCAGGGGGACCUUGCGGGCACUGCAGGAUUUCAGUCCUUCACAGCGUAGUGUGUUACCAAUUGUUUUCUUGGUGACUAUGGUCCCAGCUGCCUUGAGAUCAUUGACAAGAUCCUCCCGUGUAGUUCUGGGCUGAUUACUCACCGUUCUCAUGAUCAUUGCAACUCCACGAGGUGAGAUCUUGCAUGGAGCCCCAGGCCGAGGGAGAUUGACAGUUAUUUUGUGUUUCUUCCAUUUGCGAAUAAUCGCACCAACUGUUGCCACCUUCUCACCAAGCUCCUUGGCGAUGGUCUUGUAGCCCAUUCCAGCCUUGUAUAGGUCUACAAUCUUGUCCCUGACAUCUUUGGAGAGCUCUUUGGUCUUGGCCAUGGUGGAGAGUUUGGAAUCUGAUUGAUUGAUUGCUUCUGUGGACAGGUGUCUUUUUAUACAGGUAACACGCUGAGAUUAGGAGCACUCCCUUUAAGAGUGUGCUCCUAAUCUCAGCUCGUUACCUGUAGAAAAGACACCUGGGAGCCAGAAAUCUUUCUGAUUGAGAGGGGGUCAAAUACUUAUUUCCCUCAUUAAAAUGCUAAUCAAUUUAUAACAUUUUUGACAUGCGUUUUUCUGGAUUUUUGUUGUUGUUAUUCUGUCUCUCACUGUUCAAAUAAACCUACUAUCCAGGCUCUGUCGUAGCCGGCCGCGACCGGGAGACCCAUGGGGCGGCGCACAAUUGGCCCAGCGUCGUCUAGGGUAGGGGAGGGAAUGGCCGGCAGGGAUGUAGCUCAGUUGGUAGAGCAUGGCGUUUGCAACGCCAGGGUUGUGGGUUCGUUUCCCACGGGAGGGUAUGAAAAAAUAAAUAAUGUAUCCACUCACUAACUGUAAGUCGCUCUGGAUAAGAGCGUCUGCUAAAUGACUAAAAUGUAAAUGUAAAAAUGUACCAUUAAAAUUAUAGACUGAUAAUUUCUUUGUAAGUGGGCAAACGUACAAAAUCAGCAGGGGAUCAAAUACUUUUUUCCCUCACUGUAUACAUAUGAGAUGAGUAGUGCAAGAUAUUUAAACAUUAUUAAAGUGACUAGUGUUCCAUUUCUUAAUGUGUCCAGUGAUUUCAAUAGGCAGCAGCAGCCUCUAAUGUGCUAGUGAUGGCUAUUUAACAGUGAUGGCCUUGAGAUAGAAGCUGUUUUUCAUUCUCUCGGUCCCAGCUUUGAUGCACCUGUACUGACUUCGCCUUCUGGAUGAUAGCGGGGUGAACAGGCAGUGGCUCGGGUGGUUGUGGGGCCCCAAUGUUGAGGAUCAGCGAAGUGGAGAUGUUGUUUCCUACCUUCACCACCUGGGGCCGGCCCUUCAGGAAGUCCAGGACCCAGUUGCACAGGGCGGGGUUCAGACCCUCGAGCUUAAUGAUGAGCUUGGAGGGUACUAUGGUGUUGAAUGCUGACCUAUAGUCAAUGAACAGCAUUCUUACAUAGGUAUUCCUCUUGUCCAGAUGGGAUAGGGCAGUGUGCAGUGUGAUGGCGAUUGCAUCGUCUGUGGAUCUAUUGGAGCGGUAAGCAAAUUGAAGUGGGUCUAUUGAUAUGUAUGAAAGGGGUAUACCUGCAAUUAAGUGGUAAAUAAGAGGCUGUUUCAACGGGGGUCAUAUAAACAUUUCCUUAUAGUUUUUACAGGUAACAUACCACAUCUUCUGUCUGAAAUGGGUAAAUGUCUCUACUUCUUUCAGGAAUCCUGCCAAAAGCCUGUGGACAAGUACAUUGAAUAUGAUCCAGUCAUUAUUCUGAUUGAUGCCAUUUUAUGCAAAACUCAAGCAUUCAGACACAUUCUGUUCAACAUUACAUUGAACGUAAGUACAGUAAGACACUGAAAAACGAUUCACCAGAGUCAGAUUACAGUGCAUGCUUUAGAAAAUUGAUGAGACUUGAUCCACAUUGCAUUGCAUUUACUCUGCAGAGAGACACAAGGCAUGAUGGCAUGUCUUAUUGAUGGUUUCCUCUACAGAUUCACUGGAAGCUGUGUGUGUUUUGCCUGCUGUGUGAGUCCUACCUGAGGUGGUCACAACUUCCGGGAUCUGAACAGAGCAAUGACCCUGCAGACAUCAUUAGAUACACCAAGGAAUGGGAUUUCUAUGGCAUGUUUGGGAUGGCAGCUCUUGGUGGGUAUAUAAAGCAUGGAAAAAAACACAUCAUUACUAUAACAAGUCAUGCACUCAUCAACAAACAUGCCUUUGACAAUGUUAAUAGCAAUGUUAUAACAAUGUUUCCAAGUGUAGAUAAAAUGACAAAUCCUGCUUUCUUUUCACAAUGAUUUCAUACAAAUGACGGUCUUCUGCUGGUUGGUACUGAUUUCAUGUUCAUUUGUCCACAGAAUUGGGUGCGUUCUCUGUUGGAGUGCUGUCUUUCCUGUGGCUGGUGCAGAGGCUGCUUGGCUAUGACUUUGAACUGAGCUUACUACUGAAAGCCCUCCUGCUGUCCAGCUAUGGCAAAAUCCUGCACAUCGCUGCAGUCAUAUGGGAGCAUGACUACUCCCCGCACUGCUUCAGCCUCAUCAAGCUGUUUGUGCUCACAUCCAACUCUCAGGCCAUCAGAGGUACAUUAGCCAACUCCUCCCUCAGUGUACCAAUGCUCCCAUUAUAAUACUAAUAAUAAUAAUAUGCCAUUUAGCAGAUGCUUUUAUCCAAAGCGACUUACAGUCAUGCGUGCAUAUAUAUUUUUUUUUGUGUAUGGGUGGUCCCGGGGAUCGAACCCACUACCUUGGCGUUACAAGCGCCGUGCUCUACCAGCUGAGCUACAGAGGACCAUUAGUCACUCACAUUUAGCUCCAUCGCUGUUCCUGUUAAUUCAGCGAGUGAAUUGGAGUGAAAAUGGAUUGAAAAGUUCUCAUUACUCAUUAUUGAUACUAUUAAAUAACCUAUUUCACACAUUGAGCACCAUAUCUAUCGACUUUUCACGUAGUGAAUUCUGUUAUUCCCUAGAGUUACUAAAUAGUUAUAAAUAGUUCCAAAAUUGUCCAAAGCUAAUCCAUUAAUUCACUAAAGUUGCAUUAACGUUAUGCAUUAUGUUUUUUUCACCAAACAAUCAGGCCUGCAAAGCAAGCACUAGUCUCGGUGUGCCCCCUGUGGUUUGUCACAUUUCAGGGUAAUGGCCCUUAUCGUGCUGCUGGUCCAGUUUUUGCUGUUCUGCCUGCGGCUAUGGAACCCUGACCUCUUCACCAGUCGUGCUACCUUUUCCCGGACCUUCUGUUUUGACUCUCUCCUUUCUUUCUUUCUUUCUUUCUUUCUUUCUUUCUUUCUUUCUUUCAUUCUUUCAAUUCGAUUUAAGGGCUUUAUUGGCAUGGGAUAAACAAAAGUGAAAUAAACACUUUUUCCCCCUUUUUUUUUUUUACAGUAAACAUUACACUCACAAAAGUUCCAAAAGAAUAAAGACAUUUCAAAUGUCAUUAUGUGCAAAUAGUUAAAGUACAAAAGGGAAAAUACAUCAACAUAAAUAUGGGUUGUAUUUACAAUGGUGUUUGUUCUUCACUAGUUGCCCUUUUCUUGAGGCAACAGGUCACAAAUCUUGCUGCUGUGAUGGCACACUGUGGUUUUUCACCUAAUAGAUAUGGGAGUUUAUCAAAAUUGGGUUUGUUUUCUAAUUCUUUGUGGAUCUGUGUAAUCUGAGGGAAAUAUGUGUCUCUAAUAUGGUCAUACAUUUGGCAGGAGGUUAGGAAGUGCAGCUCAGUUUCCACCUCAUUUUUUGGGCAGUGUGCACAUAGCCUGUCUUUUCUUGAGAGCCAGGUCUGCCUACGACGGCCGCUCUCAAUAGCAAUGCUAUGCUCACUGAGUCUACGUAGUCAAAGCUUUCCUUAAAUUUGGGUCAGUCACAGUGGUCAGGGAUUCUGCCAAUGUGUACGCUCUGUUUAGGGCCAAAUAGCAUUCUAGUUUGCUCUGUUUUUUUGUUAAUUCUUUCCAAUGUGUCAAGUAAUUAUCUUUUUGUUUUCUCAUGAUUUGGUUGGAUCUAAUUGUUUUGCUGUCCUGGGGCUCUGUGGGGUCUGUUUGUGCUCUCUGUCUCUCUCUCUCUUUCUCCCCCAUAUUCUCCACCUGGCACAGCCAGAAGAGGACUGGCCACCCCUCAGAGCCUGGUUCCUCUCUAGGUUUCUUCCUAGGUUCCUGCCUUUCUAGGGAGUUUUUCCUAGCCACUGUGCUUCUACAGCUGUAUUGCUUGCUCUUUGGGUUUUAGGCUGGGUUUCUGUAUAAGCACUUUGCGACAACUGCUGAUGUAAAAAGGGCUUUAUGAAUACAUUUGAUUGAUUGAUUGAUAUUGGAUUCCUGUAGAAUUCAUGGUUUAUUGCACUGAUGGCAGUAUUUCUCAAUUCUACAACAAGUAGGAGAUUAACAUGAUCUAAAGGUGUUCUAAACAAGUACUUUUCCUGCAUAUUGUCAUGUUUGUGUUCUUGUAAGACCUGAUCAUUUCCUCUCCUCUCUUCUCCAGUCAUUCUUAACUGCAGCAGAAGGCUCUCCCUGCUGGCUGUGUGUGUGGGUCUGCUAUUGGAGACGUGCAUAGCCCAGGCGUUUCAGACGCUUCCAUGGAGCAUAAAGGACAUCCUGCCGUUCCAAUGACCUGUUUCAGGCCGGUCCUAAAGAACACACUGUUACAAUGGCACCUAUUAUGCCCUGGACCAGAGACCGGUGAGGGGAAACUAUUAGUGCUAUGUGGAGUGUGCCUAGACAUAUAGUCAAACACUGACAAUAACCUCUCUGUUGGUAUUGG